AUGGAUCUUCCAGUUGUGGUUGAUUCGAACGAGGAUGAAAUAGUCUCCCACGAACUAGAGCAAAUGAGGAGUAUAUUGGAAGAGGCGAUUUUGGAACGAACGGAGCGCAUAGACGACCUGAAGCAAAAGAUCGCUGCUUGGGGGAAGCGGAUUCGACGAUUUACCGAGAGGUCAAGGCGAUUCAACCAGAAUCGUCUCUUCCAGAGUGAUCAGAAGAGGCUCUAUAAAUCAUUGGAGCGACCAAAGGUAUGUGGAGCGGGCCAAGGACCGGAUCAGGCUGACAUUAUCGCAUUCUGGCGUGGCCUGUGGUCAGAGCCCGUAAACCACAGCGAGGGCCCUUGGAUGAAAGUUGCGGCGAGCCAGGGUGCGAGUGUUACGCCUAUGGACCCCAUCACCAUAACGCCGGAAGACGUGGCUGAGGCGGUUCGUAGGGCUCCGAACUGA